CAGCUGGGUUGUUGGGGCACAUGAGAGGACAGUUGGACGUGAAGAGAGAUGCGGCGGUCAGUCAGCGGGAGGGGGGCGUCACCCUCUCUCUCCAGUCCUCCUCGCGAGCUCACUGUCGAGCCGGUUGAUUGCAGCAGUGCAGACCCUAGCGUGAGUUCACUUUCUUCUUCGUCUUCUUCCAAUAAUCAUCGGUGGGCUAUGGUCACUUGUUCCGCAGCUAGCGCAUCCCAACCGGUGUCGUGGCGCAGAGUAGCAACCAGCAGAAGCCCAAUGUGAGGAUGGUGUAACAGCAAGAGGCACUGCUACCUACUAAGGCCAUGGCUUCCAUACCACUACUUUUAGUAAGCUUCCUCAUCUCGUCCCUCCAUCCAUCUGAUGCUCAGGUCAUCAUUGGCACAUCGCCCUCCUUCUCUCCUCUGGAUCUUCCUGAAGACUCUCAACCCACCAAGCAGACAGAUGGAUCCUGGUCUUCUUUGCCUCCCAGCGGGCGCACUGCCGCGCCAGCUAAGGUUACAGCGCGGGGUCGGAUGACAGCAACAAAUGCAGAGCAGCAAGAGCCGACGUCAGUCCUUUCUUCUCAGACGCGGAGCCAUGGAGGAAACAUGAGUUGGCCAAGCGUUACCGGGCCCAAGAUGGGCUCAAGUACACCGCCACUACGUGGGACGUUGGAGAAGGAAAAAGAAUUGACGACAUCUGUGCUCACUUUACCCUCCGGUGACAACCCUGCAACAGCUCGCAGUCGACUUAAAGAGACGAAUGAAUUGCAGGGACUCGGAUCAGGUAGUGCAACACUGAUGCUUGAAAAGGAGGAAUUGCUCACUCCUGUGCCAUCGACUACUGAUAAAUUAACAGAGUAUCAACCACAAGCCCGGACUAAAAUAGCUGAUAUGCACAAUUCAUCAGUGGACACUCGGGCUGUAGAGCCUCAAGUGUCGGCACUGACAACACAAACUGUAUCACGAGCUAUGCCGUCUCCAGUAGCAACACAUGCCACUCCUCCUGCCGUUGUAUCAACAGGUGAAAUGACACUCGCCAUUGGCAGACGAAAUGAGUCUGAGGCUGCAGUGACUUUAAACCGACCCUCCACUGUCACAACAAUCGGCUCUACUGGCAAACACCCACAGACUACCAGACAGCCGGUCAUCAAUCAAAGCAAGAAGAUUCCACUUCCAAAAAUCAUGACAGAGAAAAUAGCUGUCACAACUGCAGUUAAUAUCCCUCUUACUACCGAGUUGGAUCAGAAAACACCAAGCAAAGCUACGAAUAAACACAACAAAACUGAACAUUUGGAGAGAAACAGAACAAGGACAAUUGUGCAACCAACAUCAACAGCUAACCUGUCAUUAAUGACUAACAGUGUUGCACCAGUCAGCCAAACAAGCUUCAUUGAUCAGAAGAAUGGCUCCAUCUUGUUAGCGGAUCCUUAUCAAGCUUCAAAGUCGUCCCCUACUGCUAACGCUGAGCCUUCCCCAAAUAGAAGCCUUAUCUACUGGGGUGACCUGAGCAGGAAUCUGACCUUUGCGUGGGAGUUGCAUGUCUACGGGUCAGCAACCCUUUUCUUGCUUUUGUUUGCUGGGUCUGCUCUCGGGAUCAUCUUGUCUCCAGGUUCAAACUGUCCUCAUCGGGGGGCUCUUUCUCUGGCCAACGCCCUGUUGUUUUUGGUUGGAGGACUGAGGGCCUCUCUCUUUCUGAUUGAUCCCUACGGGACACAGAACAUCCUCCCUCGUUCGGCAGUCGCGGCCAUUUACAAUUUGCCGCUACACUUGCUGGUGUGGUCGCACGCUGCCGUGGCUCUGCUGGCCCUGAGGGUGGCCGGAGUGACAGUUUUACCUUCAACGUUGGAGCGUCCUCCCCUGGUGGCCGUGUUGGCUGUCUUGCAGUGCACUCUGUUGCUGGCAGCAGAUCUGCUUUCGCCAGCUCUGUCACCCGUGGUACCUGUCACUCUCCAGGUUCUUUCCCUGUGCUGGGGUCUGGGUCUCUGUCUAGGAUUCCUCUUCUAUGUCUUUCCGCGAAUACGUUGCCCUCCGAUUCCUCACUCUGGAGUCGCUGAAGAGGCCAGGAGAAAGGCUUGGACAGGUAGCAGGAGAGAAGGGAUGGUUCUUGGAAAGGUGCUGGCGAUUUGUGCAGUUGUUGGAGGGCUGUGCUGUGGGAUACAUGUUCAUGCCACCCUUUGGCUCUAUGGACUUCUUGGUGACUGGAUGAGCUUCAACUGGGGCUGGUGGCUUGUCCAUUUCUGGGCCAGACUCCUGGAGCUAACCUGGGGAUUAUGCCUCCUCCUAUCGACCUCGUGGGUGUUCUGGAGGCCACAGUGUUGCAGAGGAAGAAAUGAGGGAAGAACAGGAGAAGGAAGAAUAACAGGAGACACACCGUCGCCUGGCCAUUCUGGAGGCUUCUCUCAUAGACACACAUGCUGGUCCAAGAUCGUCCAGAGUCUGACGGGGAAACCUUGCAGAAAGUCCGAUAGUAACGGUGUUGCAGCAGGAGGUCAAGCAGAGGUGCCCAACAAUUGGGCUGGCCAAGAACGUUCUGGAGUUGACAUCACCAAGAGUCUCAUCAGGAACCAUAAUCAUGAUCAAGCCGCUGCCCAACCGCAAUGCGUCAAAGAUAGCAACCGAAUACGCAACCACAGAGGCCGUUCUGCAGAAUGCGGCAUAUCUGAUAGCUCCGCGAGCUCCCUGCUGAGACUGCAGGCGCUCGGACUGACAUCACAGCGCUCAGUCAGUGGAGGUCUGGAGCCGGAUAGGGACACCUCUCUCUCUAUGUGCGAGUUUGAUCUUCGGCCGCCAUCUCCUAUCAACCUCACCCGCAGCAUUGAUGAGGCCCUGCACCGAGAACACCUACUCGAAGGGGGUAGUUUAUUUCAUCCCUUUAACCAAACAUAUCAAUCUCCCUCCCCCGUAUCUGGAGUUAGUCCGGGGCUCUGGCUGCGCAGAAACAGUGACCCUCACUUUUCAGAAAGCAGUGAGGCUCCGACAGAGUCCUCCAUGCCUCUGGGGGACAGCGUUCUCAGCAGUGUCCCAAGCAGGCAGGUGACUGCCCCACCCACACCGUCCCACCAGGGUCACAGGUGGCCCGGUAAUGAAGCGGGAAAUGUCACCUCGUCGGUGUCUUGCCCUGUGUCAUUUCACCCCACCAGGACAUCAACGGGAUAUCUGGGGGAAGAUAGAGUGGAUGACACACGACCCUUCAUCACACCGGACUCUGAGCGAGGGUGGGCGAUGGCUACAAAGCCCGUCGGUUCAGGCAGUUACCUGGAGGUCAGCCGACACGACGACUCUGCCAGUGUGAGCAGUGAAAUUAUUGAUUUAUGAAACAAAUCUUAGGCUUGAGAACCAGGGGCUGACAUAGAUCAAACACACUAUUAAAUUGAACUAUAAAGCAUCAAUCCAUGCCUUCAGUUUCUGUACUGCUUAUUCACAUUAGGCUAUCGAGUUGGUUAGACCCUAUCCCAGCAUACUUGUUGACAGCCAAUCGCAGAGCACAUAUCGACAAACAAGCAUUCACACAACUAUGGACAAUUUAGAAUCGUCAAUCACACAUGUAUGUUUUUAGGAUGUGGUAGAAAAUCCACACAAAUUCCAAUAUCACCAAUACCUGAUAGCAAAGCGUCGUAAAAAAAAAAUCAGUCACAUGAUACCCGCAAGAGUAUACAAAGGCAAGAACCAAAAUUUGAACCCCAAAUUUCAUAUAAAAUCUUGCUCUGUUUCUCUACAAUCUGUAGAAAACUGAGGUCAUUUCAAAAUGUUUGGCCAAAAUGAUUGACCUGCGAAUUGAUGUGGAAAUUUUUCUGACUCCUUGUUUAUCAUGGAACAUGCAUACAUUCCGAUUCUAAGGAUGGUUGCUGAGUAGGUGGCUGCUGCUUUCAGUAUCCGAAUAAAAUAUAACUAGAUCAUCAAAUGGUGGCCUGGUAAAAUCACUAAACAUCAGAAUUGUUACUAGUGAAAGUGUUUUUUUGUUUCGGUGUGUGUGUGUGUGUGUGUGUGUGUGUGUGUGUGUGUGUGUGUGUCUGCGUGCAUGUGUGUGUGUGUGUGUGUGUGUGUGUGUGUGUCUGCGUGCAUGUGUGUGUGUGUGCGU